UUUUUAUGUCGACAAAAUGUUAGAAAAAAUAUAUAUAUAAAUCAUCUACCAACCCACACUCUUUAAAAUCCUUGGCAGAAGAAACAAAAUAAGCAGGGUCUGCUUCUUAAUAUCCAGUGGAUUGACGAGCAUUAAAGAACUCCGAGAUGACUCCUAAGCAAGUGACACUAUUUGGUUCUGGAUCUUUAGUAGCGAUUACAGUUCUCUUAUCUUUGAAGUUGUUUAAAGAUCAUCUUGCACAUUGGAAGAAACCAAAGGAACAAAAGGCAAUUCUAGUGAUAAUUCUCAUGGCACCCAUUUAUGCUGUUGAUUCUUAUGUUGGAUUGGUUGAUAUUCGUGGUAGUGAGACCUUUUUCUUGUUUUUAGACUCUAUCAAAGAAUGCUACGAGGGUUUGGUGAUGGCUAAGUUCUUAGCUUUGCUGUACACUUACUUAAAUAUAUCUAUAAGCAAGAACAUAGUCCCGGAUGAGAUCAAAGGAAGAGAGAUCCACCACUCGUUCCCAAUGACUCUCUUUCAACCUCACUCAGUUCGUUUGAACCAUCAAAACUUGAAGCUCCUUAAAUAUUGGACAUGGCAGUUUGUAGUGAUUCGCCCUGUUUGCUCUGUUUUAAUGAUAGUUUUACAACUCCUUGAGAUAUAUCCCGAUUGGCUUAGCUGGACAUUCACUAUGAUCUUGAAUGUAUCUGUUUCCUUGGCAUUAUAUGCUCUUGUGGUUUUCUAUCAUGUAUUCGCUAAAGAGUUAGCACCACAUAAGCCUCUCGCCAAGUUCUUAUGUGUCAAAGGAAUCGUCUUCUUCUGUUUUUGGCAGGGAAUUGUACUCAGUGGUCUCGUGUCAGUGGGCAUAAUCAAAUCGAAUCAUUUUUGGCUUGAUGUGUCACAUAUCCAACAAGCUCUGCAAAAUGCAUUGGUGAUUGUGGAGAUGGUGUUUUUCGCCAUCUUUCAGAUGUAUGCAUACACUGCUGCACCAUACAAGGAGGCCGAUGUGAAAGAGAAGAAGAAAGAGUGAUUGGGUACUUGCAUCAUUUCUUGGAAAUAGAUAAUGAUGAAUAUUCGGUUUUUGGGCGUUAUAAAUGUACCACUGGCCUGUUUAGCUCACAAACAUGAAACAUAUAUAUAAAUAUGAAUAAUGAUGAUUUAUUCCUUCUUGAAGGGCUUGUAUUUUGAUAAGCUAUAAAGGUAUGAUAGAUAUUUGAAUGAAGAGUGCCUUAUGGUAUAUCUUUGCACGAUA